AUGGACUCACAGUCGCCCAACCCUCUUUAUGCGGUCCCGCCUCCGUUCUCUCCUCCUCUUUCCGCCCACCGCUCCUCUACCGACACCCACAAACCCUCCUUAGACAUCGACAUGAGGCGCUCCGAUGAUCGCUCGACCAGAGCCGCCAGCGUCCUGUCUGGUAUGUCGGCCGAAGACAUGGAGGCGGCCGAGACCCUCAAUAGUCUGCAACAAAAAUACCACUCUCCCAGGCAAUCUCAACCUCCACCCACCCUCGUCCAGACUCAGACCAGUUACGACUCCGACCAGCCCGAACCUCUCAUAAGACUGUUUACCAGUCAAUAUCCUUUGGCAGCGAGUCUGAUCAAUGGUUCGCUGUCCGCGUACAAGACCACCCAGUCAUACAUUCCCGGCGCUGAAUGGACCGAAAAAAAUGUCGGUCUUCCCAUCGCUGGCACCGUUGCCCGGAUCUCGGGGGUCGAAGGCGGUCUACGCUGGGCGCUGCAGCCAAAGCGCGAAGAGAGGUCGACUCCCGGUUCGACACGGUCCUCGGAUGUCGAGAAAGGCUACCCAGAUAUUGCUCCUGAUGGGACUCGUCGUUUGAGCUCCGAACUAAUGUAUACCGAAACCCCACCAGCCUACAGUGCAGGCGACCGUUCUCCGCCAUACGCUGAGCAAGAAGUCCUACUGAAGUCUCGUGACAGUCAGCCUCCUGCUGGCUGGCGUCAACAACUCGUCAUUUCCACCAGUGGGCUUGGAAUUGCCAUGAGGGAAGAUUCCAUUCGAAGUCUGCGGUAUUGUUUGAGCUGGCUGCGGUGGGCUAAUGGCCGCCUCGGUGAAGCGAUCCAAAAUCUAAAGACCCUCCUCGAGCGCUGGGAUGAAGGUAUCACUCCAGGCGAGCAACCAUCUCCCAUGUCUGUGGCCAGUAUUACUCAGACUCAGCAAGAAAGGAGACAAGCUGCGCUCUCCGCGCGUAUCAACGCUCUCAAGAGCGACGUACUCCAAACUCUCAAACACGUUGUCGGCAUUGUCUCCAACUAUGCUGGUGGCGCAUUGCCUCAAAAUGCCCGUGAUCUGGUCCACCGCCAUCUGAUCAGCCUCCCGCAACGAUUCAACAUGGCCAGCAUGGCAGGAAGUGACGCAUCAGAUUCCAGCUCUGCGGGAAGCUCCGAGGCAGUCAAGAGUGGAAGACGAGUCAUGGUGCUUGCGGAGGAAGGCCUUGACAUGAUGACUCAGGUCAGUCGGGUGGUGAAUGAUACCCUGGUAAGCGCCGAGGGAUGGUGCGAGAAGUUAGGACGGAGCCCGCCGCAACAGCAAUCGCAGCAAGGAGGUCAGGGUAUGUUACUGGACCAGAAGAUGGAUGUGGACCGAGAACGAAUGAGAAGUGAGACACUUGCUCCGAGCGAGGGUGAGAGGGAGAAGCAAGAUGUGCAGAUGCAAAUGUAA